AUGGCUGCGAAAACCACGGUUCCUGAAGAAGACAUAACUUGUCCUCAAUGCACGGACAUUUAUUGCCUUCCAGUUCUUUUAAAAUGUGGCCACAACAUUUGCAGAGUUUGCCUGUUGAACUACUGGGAGUGGAAGGGAUUGCGAGAGUGUCCUGUCUGUGGCAUCGUGUCUGACACCGAGAGACCUCCUAUUAAUCUGGCACUGCACAAUGUCGCAAAGGAACACAAAGUGCUUAUAAUGACCAGCAGUCAAAACAAAUGUUGUCAGCACAACGAGAAGUUGAAGAUUUUUUGUCACAACGACGGAGAGCUCAUCUGUCUUAUCUGCCAACUUUCAAAAGAGCAUAAAGUCCACGAAUGCAGCCCAGUAGAAGAAGCAGCCGAACAGAAAAAGGCAGAAAUAUCAGCCAGCCUUGAGUCUUUACAGAAUAAACUCAAAAGACUGAAGAAUACAAAGGAGAAAUGGGAGGAAACUAAAACCUAUAUCAAGACGCAAGCAUAUGAAAAUGAGACAGCAAUCAAGGAGGAGUUUAAAAAGUUCCACCAGUUGCUUCAGGACGAGGAAAACACAAGGCUGAAGGUGCUCAAACUGGAGGAGGAAACCAAGACUCAAAUCAUGUGUAAGAAGCUGGAAAACAUUAAAGAGCAGAUCAACACUCUCUCCUCCACGAUCAGUGAUAUUGAAAAAGCCCUCAAAGCACAGGAUAUACAGCUUCUACAGGACUACAAGAAGACAAAGAAAAUGCUCCAAUGCAGCAUUGGAGAGCCAGAGGUUAUCAGAGAUAUCCUGAUAAACUCUGCAAAGCAUCUGGGAUCGCUUAGUUUUCAAAUUUGGAAGAAGAUGGAAGACAUUGUCAGAUGUGUUCCUGUUGUUUUGGAUCCAAACACUGCCCAGUCCAACCUAGAGUUCUCUGAAGAACUGUCCUGUGUGCAAUACAGCAGCAAGAAGCUCCUACCCAACAAUCCUGAACGUCUCAUCAACCGUAUUUCUGUGCUGGGAGCCACUGGUUUUACAUCUGGAAAGCACAGCUGGACCGUAGAUGUGGGCCAAGGCAAAGACUGGUACAUUGGAGUGGUUCUAGACUCCAUCCAAAGAAAGAAUACCAUCUUCCUCAGCCCUGCUGAGGGUUUCUGGGUAAUUGGCUUGAGCAAUGGAGACUCACUGUGGGCACAGACCACACCUCGCUCCAAGCUCCCAAUGAAGGAGAAGCCCAACAGGAUUACAGUAGAGCUGGACUACGAGAAGGGAAAAGUCGUUUUCAUCAAUGCUGCAGAUUCUACAAAGAUCCACACAUUCAAAGACAAAUUUACUGAGAAGGUUUUCCCCUACCUUUCCCCCGGAUUGUGUGAAGACAAAAAAAAAUCAAGCAAACUGAAAAUCUGUCCCCAGGUAAUAAAAGUACAAGUAGAAUAG